UCGUCUCCACGCUGUUUCAAUGGACGCGUUCGACUUGUUUCGUAAACUCGGAGCCGGAGCGAAAUUUGAUUUCAAGAGGUUUGGAAAAGAUGCCGAACGAUUUAAGGUGGUCAGGUCCCAAGAGAAAGAUGUAUCUGACCACUAUGGGAUCGACUUCUUCGGAACCGGAGUAACCCACGGCAACAAGGAGCAGAGAGCGGUGGAGAAGCAAGAAGAGGAGGGAGAGGUAGAUGCUGUUGCAGGGAAAAGGAAACUACAGGAUGAGGAGAAGACUGCAAAGAAGAAAAAGAAAGCUACUCAGGCUGAAGUGGCGUGUGAGGAGAACGAGGGCAUCCUGUGGACCUCCUCUGCAGACAGGAAGUCUAAAGGCUUGAAGGAGGGGAGGGACAGAGACAAGACAUCCAUGAAGAGACUCCAACACCUCCACCAAGAGAAGGUGAACCGUGUCCGCACGCAGAAUCGUAUCAACGUGCACGGCUGUGACGUGCCUGACCCAGUGUGCACGUUCUCCGAGCUGCAGUCCGAGUACAACCUGAACCCACGCGUCCUCCAGAACUUGUCCGCAGCUGGACUCACCAUACCCACGCCCAUCCAGAUGCAGGCUAUACCCCUGAUGAUGCAUGGUCGUGAGUUGUUGGCGUGUGCUCCGACAGGUUCGGGGAAGACUCUAGCGUUCUGUCUCCCUCUCCUGACACACCUGAAACAGCCUGCUAACCUUGGCAUCAGAGCUCUGGUCAUCUCUCCCACCAGGGAACUGGCCAGCCAGACCCACAGGGAGUUGGUGCGUCUGUCGGAGGGUGUCGGGUUCAGAGUUCACAUACUAGACAAGGCCUCCAUGGCAGCCAGGAAGCACGCUACCAGCUCUAACAACAAAUCCGGUACAAAGACAAUAUUCAAAUCAUCUGUAAAAUGCACCUGA